AUGACUACUGAACGGAAUAAUGAUAAUAACAAUGAUUUGCUAGAUGAACCUAAUGAACAUCGUAGAAAAACAGUGAAACGAAGACCAAUUGUCCCUGAUGGUGGUUGGGGAUGGAUUAUUGUCUUUUCAUCUUUUAUGAUUCAUUUUAUUAUGGAUGGGAUUACCUAUUCAAUGGGCGAUAUCUAUUUGGAACCAAUGUUAUCUAGUCUUAAACUCAAUCGAGGUUAUGUGUCAAUUAUAUUUGCUUUUUUAGAAUCUAUUACUCUAGCUGCAGCACCUAUCUCAACAGUUUUCACAAAUACAUUUGGAUCUCGAAAAAUCACAAUAGUUGGUGCAAUUCUUGCAUCACUUGGUUUUUUUCUUAGUCGAUUGUGGACUAAUAUUUAUUAUUAUUAUGUGACAAUUGGUUUGAUUGCAGGCAUUGGUUGUGGACUAAUGUAUUUGCCUGCUAUUGUUUCAGUUGGAUAUUAUUUUGAACGAAAACGUUCAUUUGCAAUAGGUAUUGCUGAUUGUGGUUCCGGUUUAGGCACAAUUGCAUUUCCAUUUUUUAUACCUUGGAUAAUGGAACAUUUCUUUUCAAAUGAUUACAAAGGCAUUCUUCUGCUUGAAUCAGUCCUUCUUUUAAUGUGUGCCUUUUUUGGACUUCUCAUGGUUCCAUUACCCAUUGAACUGAGUGAACAACGUCGUGCUCGUUUAAAACUACGUGCAGAAGCUAAACGACAAGCCACAAAUAAAGUAGUAUUAGACAAAGAUAACAAUGCCAAUCAACUAAUUACUGAACAACAAAGGUUUGAAAAAGAUCAAAAUAAAUUCUCACAAAGACCUUCUCUCUCUAUAUUCUGAGUAUUAAAUUGAUUUUUAUUGAAAUAGUCAUUGUUAUAAAACUUGAAAAAAACCACAUUUAGAAAGAAAGUGUUAGUGAGAUUUUAUUCUUUUUGUUGAUAUGAUUUGAUAAGGAAAAGAAAAUGAUGUGAGAUCAAAGUGAUGCGAUGACAAAAACUCGUAAAGAUGUUAAUAUAUAUAUAUAUUUGUGAUAUACAAGUUUUACAAGCUAAAUACGAGAGAAAGAUUUCGAUUUUAUUACUUUUC